GCAGCAGAAGGGUCCCUGCGCACUGCCAGCACCCAGCUGCCCGGCUCUCAGCAGGCGAACCAUGAGGAAGAGCCUCUCUGUCCCUACAGUCACCUCCCCUGUCAGUUAAAGCCUCCACCUGCUUGCAGAGGGGACCAUGGAGGAGCACUACAUUUCCAAACUCCACCCGGUAGUGGAUUACGGAGCUGGAGUCUUUCUUCUGCUCAUAGCCAUCCUGACCAUCCUGGGAAACUCAGCCGUCCUCGCUACAGCAGUGAAGCGCUCCUCCCUCCUGAAGUCCCCGGAGCUGCUUACGGUCAACUUGGCAGUGGCAGAUAUUGGAAUGGCAAUCAGCAUGUAUCCGCUGGCCAUUGCAUCCGCCUGGAACCAUGCCUGGCUGGGAGGAGAUGCGUCCUGCAUGUAUUACGCCCUGAUGGGUUUCCUUUUUGGUGUCUGCAGCAUGAUGACGCUGUGUGCCAUGGCCGUGAUUCGGUUCCUUGUUACCAAUUCCUCCAAAACUAACAGUAACAAAAUCACCAAGAACACUGUCCGCAUCCUGAUCGCUUUCAUCUGGCUCUACUCCUUGCUCUGGGCUAUUCUGCCCUUGGUAGGCUGGGGCUACUACGGCCCCGAGCCAUUUGGCAUCUCGUGUACAAUAGCCUGGAGCAAAUUCCACAACUCCUCCAACGGCUUCUCGUUCAUCCUGAGCAUGUUCCUCCUGUGCACAGUCCUGCCUGCACUGACCAUCAUCGCCUGCUACUUGGGAAUCGCCUGGAAGGUUCGUAAGGCAUACCAAGAGAUCCAGAACAUCGACAGGAUCCCUAACGCAGCGAAACUGGAGAAGAAGCUGACAUUGAUGGCCGUGCUCAUCUCGGUUGGGUUCCUGAGCUCGUGGACACCGUAUGCAGCAGCCAGCUUCUGGUCCAUAUUUAACUCCAGCAAUUCCCUGCAGCCCAUCGUCACACUGCUGCCGUGCCUGUUUGCCAAAUCUUCAACCGCCUACAACCCUUUCAUUUACUACAUCUUCAGCAAAACUUUCCGCCGCGAAAUUAAACAGCUGCAGUGCUGCUGGGGCUGGCGGCUGCAUUUCUUCAGCACCGACAUCUCCGCUGAAAAUCCUGUCUCGAUGAUGUGGAGUGGGAGGGACAACGUGCGUCUCUCUUCCACUGUGAAGGCGGAGAACCAGGGAGCUGCAGCUCACUGAAACGCCGCCGUGUUUCAGAACAUAGGUCAAGAGUUUGCUGCACUCGUGGGUCCAAAUAAGAAGGAAGGCAGAACGUGGGGUUGUCCCUGAAUAUCUUAUGUCAGGUGCUGAGGUUUAAGUAUAUAUUAUUUUUAAACAGCUCCCAAUUACUAUUUUUAAGGUACACAACAACAACAAAAAGAAAAUGCUAUGUUUUCAAGAAUUUCCACUUUAGAGGAAAUAGACAGAUUUAGGUAUUAAACAAGACCAUAAUCAGCUUUGGUCGCACUUAUUUUCAGGGAAACAGCUAUA